AUGCCUUGGCCUCCAUAUUCUCCAGAUUUGAAUCCUAUAGAGAAUCUUUGGGCACUGUUGAAGCAGGAGAUCUAUAAGCUGCAUCCAGAGCUGGAGCAUGCAUCAGAUACAGUAGCUACAAAAAGAGCUUUAAUAGAGGCAGCUAAGGAGGCAUGA